GCAAGAGGGGAAGACAGGACCUGCAAGCCAGUAUGGGAAGCCCAUAGCGCCUUCCUGGGAAUACUGGGAGCCCGAUUCCUCCCUGGCAUUGUCUGCAUUCUCCGUACAUCUGGAAGAGCUCCAGGAUUGGCCACCCCUCCACGACUGAGAGACGCGGCAGCAUGAGCCGGUCAAGGCAUGUGGGCAAGAUCCGGAAACGUCUGGAAGAUGUCAAGAACCAGUGGAUCCGGCCAGCCAGAGCUGAUUUUAGUGAUAAUGAGAGCGCCCGGCUGGCCACAGAUGCCCUCUUGGAUGGGGGUCCAGAGGCUUAUUGGCGCGCUCUCAGCCAGGAAGGAGAGGUAGACUUCCUGUCCUCCGCAGAGGCCCAGUACAUUCAGGAUCAGGCCAAGGAGCCUCCCGGUGCCCCAGAUCUUGCAGGAGGGGCCGAGUCAGGACCCAGAGGACUGGACUCCUGCUCUUUACAAUCGGGUACCUACUUCCCUGUGGCUUCGGAAGGCAGUGAACCAGCUCUGCUACAUACCUGGACCUUGGCUGAGAAGCCCUACAUGAAGGAAAAGUCCACCGCCACUGUCUACUUCCAGAUGGACAAACACAACAACAUCAGAGACUUGGUCCGCCGCUGCAUCUCCCGGGCCAGCCAGGUCCUGGCCAUCCUGAUGGAUGUGUUCACGGAUGUGGAGAUCUUUUGUGACAUUCUAGAGGCAGCCAACAAGCGUGGGGUAUUUGUCUGUGUGCUUCUGGAUCAGGGAGGUGUGAAGCUCUUCCAGGAGAUGUGUGACAAAGUCCAGAUCUCUGAUAUUCAUCUCAAGAACAUCUCCAUCAGGAGUGUGGAGGGGGAGGUGUACUGUGCCAAGUCAGGCAGGAAAUUUUCGGGCCAAAUCCAAGAGAAGUUCAUCAUCUCAGACUGGAGGUUUGUCUUAUCCGGAUCAUACAGCUUCUCUUGGCUCUGUGGACACGUGCACAGGAACAUCCUCUCCAAGUUCACGGGCCAGGCGGUGGAGCUGUUUGAUGAGGAAUUUCGACGCCUCUACGCCUCCUCCAAGCCCCUGAUGGGUCUGAAGUCCCCGAAGCUGGUUGCCCCACUCCAAUCCAGCAAGGGCCCAGAAGCCCCCAAUGGCCGCCUCAGUGGCAGCAGUGACUCUGCCAGUGACCGCACCUCCUCCAACCCCUUCAGCAGCCUGUCGACUGGCAGCAACACCCACAACCGGAGUCUAUCCACGUCUUCAGGGCCGGGCAGUCCCCUGGCUCCCAUCCCACCCGUGGCUCCAAGGCUGCAGCCUUAUCACAGUACCCGGAGAGCCGUGGCCCCACAGGAUCUCUUGGUCCCCAUGAGACCCCAUAAGGGAGCACCAGCUCCCUACAGCAGCCUCAUGGCCUACAGGCCCACCCGGCUGCAGCUGCAGGAGCUCGGCCUGGUGCCCAGGGUGACUCAACCCUGGAGGCCUUUUCUACAGGCCUUACCUCAUUUUUGA